CUGGACGUCAGUGACACGCAGGCGGCCAUGGGGGUCAAGAGCUGCGGCUGGGCCAUGAACGACGGAGGAAAUAAGAUCCAGGUGUACAGUCUGGAGACGGGGAAGCUGGCGGCGACUGUGGGGAACUCAGCUGGAGAUUUCACCUGCAUCAACCUUAGAGAUGGCCCCCCUAACCUGCUGGUGUGUGGCAAUAAAGACAGGAGGGUCCGGGUGUUUGACCUGCGCUCUGGUCUCUCCGUGGCCUCUCUGUACGCCCACCACCUGGGGGUGACGGCCGUGCAGGGGGACGAGUGGAAGCUGGUGAGCGGGGGCGGCGAGGGCCUGGUGUGUGUGUGGGAGAUGCGCAUGGCAGCCAAGCUGUGGGAGAUGCACAACAGGCACCCCGUGCGGCACAUAUGGUUUGACGCGAGCACCCUGGUGACAGCCAACAUUCCUGACGAGAAGUCUCCUCGGGGGGCCUGCAUCACAGACGAUGACCUCACCGCUCAUCGAAGACACCGUGGAGUCAUCAGCCUCUAUGACUUCUCAGAGGACGCUACAGUCCAGGACAACGUUCUGCCCAUCUGUCGGUCCAACUACGUAGAGGAGUCGGGCUACAACUACAACAUCGGCCUGUCCAUGCCGUACGACGCGCUCAGUCAUCGCUCUACCAGCUGAACACCCCAGGGACCAGGAUAAUGUUGGGUCUUGUUGGGCAAGUCCAGUGUUAGGCUGCUCAGACAUUUUUACAUUACUUGUACAGAAAUUGUACAUUAUUUUACAAAAAAAAGAGAAAAAAGUACUGCUGAAUUAAUGAGAGAUAUUGAUGAGGUACAGUUUCAUGUCCAUGUGUGGUGUAAUCAUCGUAUUGGUGUAAUUUCAAUGAUGAUUUGUCCUUGAGUUGAAAUACAGGUUGAUAUUUCACUGUUUUCUGUAUUUCAUAUUAUCAGUCAAUCUGAAAGUGCUUUGUAUCGUUUAUCGUGAUUCAUAUCAUCGUCAAAGUCUGUACAUAAAUUACCAAUGAAAAUUCAGUUUCUUCAGUGUCUGUCUCCUCAGAAUCAUUGUGUUGUUCUCAAUACCAUUAAAAGGAGUCAUUUCUUAAAGCAA